AAUUAUUUUAUCAUAAAGCUGUAACUAUGGCUGAUGAAAGAUUAGUAAAAAGUGUACAAAGUACUUUUUCUCUAUACGGUCUUGUUCUUUCAAGAAAGCUCAGUGUUUCACUCGCUAAGGAACUCUUGAAUGUAGAAGAAGAUGGUCGAACAACUUGGCUUACACAGAUUGUGGAACAAGUACUGGCACAGAAUUUAAAUGAUCCACAUAUUACAGUGGAAAAUCUCAAGUUAGCAUUAGAAGAAUGUAUAAGACCUAAUUCGUUGAAAAAUACAGAAACAGUUUUAAAUGUCAUAGAUGCAUUUGAUAUACCAAAAAUUAAACAUGACUUAUUGAGAAAAAAGUUUGUUCUAUCUCCUGUAACACCAGACUUAUACGCUGAAUCAGAAUAUAAAUCAGCAAUGUUUAAAGAUCGAUUUGAAUUACUUUGGUAUAAAACUUUAAGGCAUGAAUUGUUUAAUCCCCCUAAACUUGGUGAGACAAAAGAAAAUUGGAUUGAAUUAGUACCUAUUGAAUAUUUAUUAAGCGAAAGUAAGAAAGGAAACGUUUAUGUGAUGGGCCUCUUAACACAAUUAAUAGAGGGUGAAUAUUAUUUAGAGGACACAGGGGGGGCCAUUAAAAUUGAUUUAAAAAGAGCAAAUUUUCAGGAUGGAUUAAUUAUGGAAGCAUCUAUAAUAAUAGCUAGUGGAGACUAUAGAGAUGGUAUAUUAUAUGUAGAAGAUAUUGGUUUUCCACCAGCUGAAUCAUCUAGCAAUUCACGUGUCGAUUUUGGUGACUCCAAUACAUUUGGAGGAUCACACGAUCUUUCUUUAAAGCUUUCAGAAAAAUUACAAAGUUAUGAAGAAAGUAACAAAGAUGGAAUGAUAAUCUUUGUAUCUGAAAUGUGGUUGGAUGACGUAACAGUUUUACAUAAAUUUGACACCAUGUUGAAGGGGUAUUCUGAAUACCCACCUAUUGCUUUUGUAUUAUGUGGACAUUUUUUGAGCUUUCCAGCAAAUAUAACUAGCACACAAAAAUUAAAAAAGGGUCUUAAAGAUCUAGCUGACAUAAUAACACAAUAUCCAGAAAUAAAACAAUCUUCCAAAUUUAUUUUUGUGCCUGCACCAGAUGAUGUCGGAUCACCAAAAAUUUUGCCAAGAUUUCCACUUCCAAAACAUCUCACAGAAGACUUUCGCAAACAUAUACCUGGUGCAGUAUUUACUACUAAUCCAUGUAGAAUUCAGUAUUGUACAAAAGAAAUUGUAGUGAUAAGAGAAGAUAUCUUAACAAAAAUGUGUAGAAAUACACUUCACUUUCCACAAGAGGGAAACAUCUAUGAGCAUUAUGCUAAAUCAAUUAUUUGCCAGUUACAUCUGACACCUUUAAAUCUCUCUGUAAUUCCAAGAUAUUGGAAGUAUGAUCAUACUUUACAAAUAUAUCCAACCCCAGAUUUGAUUGUAGCCGCAGACAAAUUUGAAGCAUAUGCGACCACUUACUCCAAUUGUCAUAUUAUUAAUCCUGGACUGUUUCCAAAAAAUGAUCAUUCGUUUAAAGUAUAUGUUCCAGCCUUAAAUUUAAUCGAACACUGUGCUAUUCCUAAAGAUAUGGAUGAUAUGAAUUAA